AUGCGGACGGGCAGGAAAGGGCCCGUGGAUGCAGAGCUCCGCGGCGGCUCCGGAGCAGGGUUCAGUGAUGCCUUCAAUAUUGACACCAAGAGGCCCAAAAUCAUCGCGGGCUCCAAGGACGCCUAUUUCGGCUACACGGUGCAGCAGCACGACAUCGGGGGCAAGAAGUGGCUGGUGGUGGGAGCCCCUUACGAAACCAACGGGCAGCAGAAGACGGGGGACGUCUACAAGUGCCCAGUGAACGGCAGCACCCACAGCAACUGCACCAAGCUCAAUCUAGGAAGAGUGACGCUUUCCAACGUCUCCGAGCGGAAGGACAACAUGCGCCUGGGGCUGAGCCUGGCCACCAACCCCAAGGACAGCAGCUUCCUGGCCUGCAGCCCUCUCUGGUCCCACGAGUGCGGGAGCUCUUACUACACCACAGGAAUGUGCUCCAGGGUGAACUCCAACUUCAGAUUCUCCAAGACCGUGGCUCCUGCUCUCCAGAGAUGCCAGACGUACAUGGACAUAAUCAUAGUUCUGGAUGGAUCAAACAGCAUCUACCCUUGGGUUGAAGUUCAGCACUUCCUGAUAAACAUCUUGAAAAAAUUUUAUAUUGGCCCCGGACAGAUUCAAGUCGGUGUUGUUCAGUAUGGAGAAGACGUCGUCCACGAGUUUCACUUAAAUGACUACAGGUCUGUAAAAGACGUGGUAGCAGCUGCCAGUCACAUCGAGCAAAGAGGCGGCACCGAGACCCGGACAGCCUACGGCAUAGAGUUCGCCCGCUCGGAAGCGUUUCAGAAAGGUGGCCGGAAAGGGGCAAAGAGAGUAAUGAUUGUAAUCACAGAUGGAGAGUCGCACGACAGCCCAGACCUGGAGAAGGUGAUCGAGGACAGCGAGAAGGACAACGUCACCCGCUAUGCGGUGGCU